CUGACGGACCGCUUCCCGCGCCGCGACUGCAGGCGCAGCGCACAGUGCCGAACCACUUGUUGUGCUCGCGCCCGCCCGCCUACGCUGCUCUGCGGCUCGCCCGCCGGAUACCGCUCGCAAGCAGAACAUGGCCGUGCCAGGAGGGUGGGGCGGCUGCGCUCGGCGGCGACGCUGCUGCUGCUGCUGCUGCUGAAGGCUCGCGGGAUGGCCGCCGUCGUGACGUCACUACUGGCGGCGCUGCUGCUCGCCCACCUGCCCGCGCCCGCAGCAGCUUCCGGGGGCUGCCACUCGGCGCUGGGCAUGGAGGAGGGCCGCAUCCCGGACUCGGCGGUGUCCGCCAGCUCCUCCUAUGAGCCCAAGUCUGUGGGGCCGCAGAACGCCAGGAUCCGGCAGGAGAAGAACGGCGGCGCGUGGUGCCCGAAGGCGCAGAUCAGCAGCGAGGUGCAGGAGUUCCUGGAGGUGGACCUGGGCCGGCCGCACCUCAUCACCGCCACCGAGACGCAGGGCCGCUUCGGCAACGGGCAGGGCCAGGAGUACGCCGAGUCCUUCCACCUGCUCUACUGGAGGGACGCGCUGCAGCGCUGGGCCGUCUACAGAGACUCCGCUGGGCGCAAGGUGCUGAGGGGCAACAGCAACACGUACCUGGCGGUGCGGCAGCAGCUGGAGCUGCCGUUCGUGGCCAGCCGCGUGCGCUUCAUGCCCUACUCCCAGCACACCAGGACCGUCUGCAUGCGGGUCGAGCUCUACGGCUGUCCCUGGACGCAGGGCGUGUUGCGGUACUCGGCACCUGCGGGCGGCGGGAGCGGUCCCGGCGCGGAGGCGGCGUCGGCGUCGGCGUCGGCGGCGACGCUGCAGGACGGCAGCUACGACGGCCGGCGGGAGGCGGCCACCUGGCGCGGCGGCCUCGGCCAGCUGGUGGACGGCGUUCUGGGGGGCUGCGGGGGCGGCGGCGGCGGCGGGGGCGGCGCCAUGCGCUCGGACCGCGCCGCCGAGGCAGGCGUCUGGUUCUCCGACUGGCGGUGGGUGGGAUGGAGCAACGCCAGCCUCGGCGGCCAGCCGCUGGAGCUGGAAUUCGAACUGGAGACGCCGAGGGAGUUGGCGGCCACCCACCUUCACGUGCUGCACGCGCCGCAGCUGGGCGUCCAGGUGUUUACGGAGGCGUCGGUGUGGCUGAGCCUGGACGGCGUGCACUACCAGUGGGCGACGGCGCCGGUGAGCACGGGGGCGGCGGGGGCGGCGGGGGCGGCGGGGGCGGCGGGGGCGGCCCCCUCGUGCGUCAACGUGAGCCUGCCGCUGCACAGCCGCGUGGCGCGCUUCCUGCGCCUGCAGCUCUUCUUCGCCGCCGCCUGGAUUCUCGUCAGCGAAGUGCGAAUCGACUCGGCGGCGCUGCUGCAGAACGUGUCGCAGGAGGCGCUGGAGGAGUUCUUCCUGCAGCAGGACGCCGCGGCGCAGCAGCCGGCGCAGCCUCCGGCGCACACCGCGGGCGCGCCGGGAGACGCCCCGCGCGCGCGCAACGGGGUCGCCACCGCGACGGCGGCGAGCAGCGGCCAGCAGGCGUACAUCGGGCUGGUGACGGGCGCGCUGGCCGUGGCUCUGCUGCUGCUGCUGGGCUGCACGGUGUUGCUCAUGGUGCGCCGCGGCCGCAAGAAGGUGGCGCUGCUGCACAAGCACUCCGCGCUCGUCUCCAGCGGCGUCGCUCUCAACAUGAAGGAGAUGCUGGCGCCCGGGGGCGGCGUGCUCGGCGUCGGCGCCGGCGGCGGGCUCACGCGCGUCCUCACGCCCUGCAAGCCCAAGGCGGCCGCGCCGGCGGCGGGGGGCGGCGGCGGUGGCGGCGGCGCGGACAGCGAGGACAGCGAGGGCUCGAGCGUGUACCACGAGCCGUACAAGCUGCUGGCCAAGGCGGGCGCCGGAGGGCACCAGGAAUACGGCUGCCUGCGCACCACCAGCAAGAGCGUCGGCCCGUACACCGACUUCACGAGCGUGGCCAGCUUCCAGGAGGAGGUGCGCUUCGCGUCGCCAUCUUUCCACAGCGCGGCGGCGGCGGCGGUGACGCGGCCGCCCUCGCAGUUCGAGUUGCAGCCGUUCGCGACGCCCACCAAGGCCGCCGGCCCCGCAAGCGCCGCCCCCACCGUGCCCGAGGCCUACUACGCCGCCACCGACAUCGUCAUGCAGUCGGAGCGGCGCGAACAGCACCUGGAGCCGGGCUGCUUCACGACGGUGCGCAUCCCGAGCGAGGCGCCGCCUGAGACGACGCCGCUGCUGCAGUUCCCCAGGCACCGCCUGCGCCCGCUGGAGAAGCUCGGCGAGGGCGCCUUCGGCAUGGUGCUCCUGUGCGAGGCUGAGGGAGCCCCCGAGUACGACAGCGUCACGUCGUCGCACAAGAAACAGAUGGUGCUGGUCAAGUCGCUGUGGAGGGGCUGCGGCGACUCCAAGAGACAGGAGUUCCUGCACGAGGUGGGCUGGCUGGCGAGCCUCCGCGACGACAACGUGGCGCGCGCGCUGGCCGUCUGCUCUGCAGAGGAGCCGCUCUGCUCGCUGCAGGAGUACGGGGAGAUGGGCGCGCUGCCCACCUUCCUCUCCAGGCCGGAGGGCCUAGAGCUGAGUUACGGAUGUCUCAUAUAUAUGGCGUCGCAGAUUGCAUCGGGAAUGAAAUACCUCGAAUCUAUGGAACUGAUACACCGCGACUUAGCAGCAAGAAACUGCGUGGUGGGCCCGCAGUUCAGCGUGAAGGUGUCGGAUCACGCGACCUACUGCUCACGCUACGACCGCGACUACUACGUCAGCGACACCCAGGCGCGGCUGCCCGUGCGCUGGAUGGCCUGGGAGAGCCUGCUGCUGGGCGAGUACUCGACCAAGAGCGACGUGUGGGCGUUCGGCGUGACGCUGUGGGAGACACUGACGCUGUGCGCGGUGCAGCCGCUGGCCGAGCUGACCGACCAGCAGGUGGUGGAGAACUGCAGCCGGUGGCAGCUGGACGACGGCCGCCAGCGCUGCCCGGCGCGGCCCGCCGCCUGCCCCCGGGAACUGUUCGACCUGAUGGCGGAGUGCUGGCGCCGCGACGCCGCGCUGCGCCCGCGCUUCGCCGAGAUACACCUCUUCCUGCAGCGCAAGAACCUCGGCUACACGCCCACACCGCAGGCGGCGGCGGCUGCGGCGGCGUCGGCGGCGGCGGCGUCGGCGGCGGCUUCGGCGACGGCCACCCCCGGCUAGGACCGACGCCACCGCCUGCCGACGCCGAACUGGAAGACUGGCCUCCCAACGACUGUCACCUCCCCCCCCCCCCCCUUCCUACCUCUCUCACACCACCGCGCACGAUUUACCCCGCCCCCACGAACAACCCCCCCCCCGCCCCCGCCCCCCCUCUUCUUCACGAAAGCCCAAUCGAAGGCCCUACUCCUAAAAGUACUAUCUCACUAAUAGUCUUGCAAAAAUCUUGUAGUUGAACAAAAUUUUACUAUGAGAUGUUUGUAGUACGAAAUAUUUUUAUAUGUUUACAGCUCCGACUGAGCCUUUAAAAUGUGAAGACUGCGAGGAUUAUGGCCCUCGCGUGAAUCGAAUACGGUUAAACAAAAAAAAACACAAAUCGUCGACAAGUAAUUGUUAAGUGUUCCGUGUAAUAUUUACUCAUAUUGUUGUUACGAGUGUUGCCAAAACACUUCUGAGAAGAAAGCAGAUAUCUGACAUACGCGGAAACUAUUGCUCGUUCCAUAAGUUCCAUAAGCUCUUCUUUAUUUCACACAGUCUUAAACCUCAUACUCACUAAAAGCAGAAUUUCCUGUCAUUGUUCCAAACGGUAAUUUGCAUCCUUGCCUUCUGAAUAUUUUACAACGAAAUUGUCCAACAAUAUGCUUUGUUGCACACAGUAGGCUGUACCAGUGUUACAUAUUUAUGCAUGUUACUCGUAGAACCAAAUACAUGUUGUCCGUAUGUAUAUAAAUACAUUUCUCUGAGCAGUUGCAUACAAGUAUCCACUGAGCACAUUUAAGAACAGAGUAAGUCUUCUAACUAUUACGUUAGCAAAGAUAUUUGUACACAAGUGUAUUCAAUAACAGGCAUUCCCUUGCAUACGUGCAUUCAAGUGUCAUUCGAUUUUUCUGCACUACGAGCUACAUCCUUCAACCAAAAAUGUUUACAGGUGACUGCAUAGAAUCCUUUCUCUGAAAUAUAACAGCACAAAAAUAAAUUAUUUUUCUUGUUUCGCUACCUCCUCAGGUAAUAAAACUAAUGAGAAUGAAAUACAGUUGCCCAUGUGUAGUUUGUAGGAAGAAAUAUUCUCAGAACUUUGCAUGUUAGUAAAAAAUAUCGGUUUCCCACUGAAGAUAAAUAUUUUUCAGCGAUAGUAGAUUUUCUUCUUAUGUUUACAUGUAUUAAAUCCGUUUUCUCAUUGCAGAUAUAGAGGACUCAGUUACUAUGUAUGGAACUUUCAGUUACCUUUGACCAACGUAAAAGAUUAUAUGUUGGUAUAUUACACAAUUUAGCAAACAUCGAGUGUUUUUAUUCUGAAUAAACCAAUAGGCAAUAAUUCACCAUGUAUUAAGAAGAUGUUACUGAUGUUUGUUGGUAUCAUUAUCUGUGUAAUGUAAAUAGAGAUACAAUCGAUAAUGUAAUUUCUGUUAACAUUUCAAGAUGCUGGUACAUGCUUUAUAUGCAGUUUGUAUGUAAGAUGCUGUCAGAAGACUAUUAUAACAUAUUUUGACUAGGUGAUGGUUGAUAAUGUAAAAUAUGAGGAAAAAAGUAAUUUAUUUAAAACAUGUGGAAACCAAAGCGAUAAAGAUAUCUCACAUUUUAUCAGUCUUCUGACUGCAUAACAACUGAUCUGUAACUAUGUGGACUCUGUACUUGUAUUACUAUGUUCAACAAAUGUUGAAAACUAUUUAAGUCAAGUAAGUAUCAAAACACGACUUUAAACAUACUGUGUUCAUAUGUGAUAAACUGUUUUAAUAUAUAUGUCUAUAAAAUGUUAAAUUCUUACUAUGAAUAUUUGUAAGUGUGACAAAUUUUAAUGUUCGAAUUAUUGAUUACUGUAACUUGGUGUCAUAUCUUGUUAACGUGUUAACUGAGGAAACCUUCUGAAUUACAGGAAGCAACCGUUUCGCUCCCUAGAACGACUUGAAUAAUUUCCAGGUUUUGAAAGGAGGCAGACAUUCAUUCGUUGGUAACAAUUCUAGAAGACAGUAUUUACUUGAACUAGCGAAAUCGAGAAUAUUUAGGGACAAAGAACCUUCAUAGAUACUGUAAAAUAAUUCAUAAAAAAAAUUUAUUUUACAAAUAAACGUUUUCUGUUCUUAUCCUAAGUAAUUAACUAGUAUGCCAAUAUAAACGUGUCGUUACUGAACAGAUUUACAACGAAAUUAACCUGUUUACUCCAUCAGUUUUCAGAAAAUCCUUUCAUCAUUUUGAGCAAUAUUUCACUGCCAAGGAACAUUUACUUUCAGACUGAGAGAAAGCCACACAUCCUGUGCAGCACCUGGUUUCUUUUGCUUUACCUCUUAUGAUCGGUAUGUGGUGUUUCUUGGCUGUUUCAUUAUGAUCCAGAUAGCGCUCUAGAUCGAUGUCAUCAAGAGCUGAGCUUUUUCCUCUGGUGGGUACAGCAUUGUACCACUUAACCAUUUUACCUCCUUAAUAAUUUUAUGUAAUUGGCAACAAUUUCCUAUACCUUGACUCCUAAACACAGUUUUCUAUGCCCAUAUUACUAACGAUUAGGGUUAAAUUUUUAAUAUCGGUAUGGGCUUCCUAAAACUAAUUAGUGUAUAUGUAAAUGUAAAAUAGCAUUUUGUAGAGACUAUCAGUAGAGUAAAAAUUAACUUUUUUGAAAUCCAGUAUUUAGAUAAUGACGUCGAUAACUUAUCAAGAGCCUAGAUCACUGUGCGAACAGCACAUCUGACUGUGCUCCUAACGAGCAAUAUCAGAGCAGUGAGAAUUGAAGUGUUACAGUUUGUUUAAUAGACAAAUCGUAAAGUAUUAUCAUGAAACUAAGACUUUCGCUCACAUUUUAAUUGCUGUACGUAAAUAUUUUGUUACAUAUCAGAGUAUUCUGUUCUUCUAAAAGAAAAGCAACUCUCAUUGAUAUGAUUAGUUAGUAGUAUUAGCAUAGUUACUUCAGCUAUGCUUUCUGUUUCAUUACUCAAAAUGGACCAAACAUUGUGUACAUAUCUGCUAAUUUAUUUUCAAGAAAGUAAUGCAACGACUUGAAAUGCAAUCGAAAAUUUGGUAGUCCUUUUGAUUUCAAAAUAAUUUCAUUAUUUAAUUAAUGGUUAACAUGACUUUAGCAAAUUUUGGAAGUGAAAUGUUUCAAAGCGCUUCAUGAAGAUGUAAGCUUUUAAACCAAAAAUAUGUAGCUGUAGAUUUGCUGUUACUAGGACACUUUUGACAAACAUAUAUAUUUUAAUGAUAACAGUUGUUUUGCUAUUUUGUAUCUCUCUUUAUUAGCCGAAACGCUAUGCCUUCUCAACGCUAAAAAUAUAUUUAUCUUUCCUACACAUGACUGUAAAUAAAAUAAAUGAAGAUAUAUACAUAUAAAUAAACGUACCUCCAGAAUUUUCAUCACGAUGUCUCAUCCUGGAGGGAUAUUGUUCUAAAACUUUGUGGAAUGGAAGUCAGUGCUCUUGUAGAAAGAAUAUUUUUUCUAACUUCUAUCAUAGGAAAUUCAACCCAGUAGUAUAGAAUACAAUUACAUACCCUCUCUAUUGUAAAAUUAAUCCUGAUUACAAAAAGGCUUUCCACUUGACAAUCACAUAUAGUUGAUCUCUGUUAGAAAAGUAAUUUCAUACAAAUUAUUACAGGUUUGUCUCAUUAUUUCAAAUCCUUGCAAUAGCCUUCUAUUGAGUUAUGAUCUGUCUCUAAGUAAACAAACGUUCAGAUUGGUUCACUACACGUAGUUGUUGUAAGAAUCGUAUUCAUUAAUUUACCAAAUCGUAAGUGGUCGAUUGGCUGUUGACAGUCCUAACUAUAAAACAUUUCAGAAAUUCCUAUACAUAGCAUAUGUGAAGUACAUGUCAGUAUGUAUUCAUUUGCUAUCAUCUGGAGAAACUUCACAUUAUCCAAAGUAGAGGGAACACACAAGAAUUCAUGUAAGAAAUUUUUUUUCGUUUUUAUGUACUUUGUAUCUUAGAUGGCUACCAUGUACGGUACAUUUUGACUUCAUUUUGAAGAGCAAUGAUGUUAGUUUAAAUGUGUCAUGUGAUAUAUGGUUCAAAAAUCACUGUUUGCAGGAAAUUACUUUCUGUCUGUAAAAUGUUCUUGAAAAUAAACCUUUGUCUUUGUUUGACCAAG